AUGGCGAAUGCACUGAAACACGUAUUUCAGCUCAACAAUGGAACAAAGAUGCCUUUGCUUGGUCUUGGCACUUGGCAGUCGCCGCCUGGACUCGUCGGCAAAGCCGUCGACAUUGCUGUCAGGAUUGGUUAUCGUCACAUUGAUUGCGCAUACAUUUACGGCAACGAGAAGGAGAUUGGUGAUGCUUUGAAGAAACUAUUCGAGGAAGGCGUUGUUAAGCGCGAGGACUUAUGGAUUACCUCCAAGCUAUGGCAUGAAGAUCACGCACCAGAAGAUGUACCUGUGGCUUUCGAGAGGUCAUUGCAAAAUCUGCAGCUUGAUUACCUCGACUUGUACCUUAUACACUGGCCUGUACAUUUGAAGAGGGGAGCUGCCAGAGGCUCACCAGACUAUGUUCUGCCAACAGAUUUACACAGCACCUGGAGAGCAAUGGAAGCACUCUAUGAUUCUGGCAGGACUAAAGCUAUUGGAGUUUGUAAUUUCUCAACAAAGAAGUUGGGCGAUCUGUUGGACAUAGCACGAGUCCCCCCCGCUGUUGACCAGGUGGAGUGUCAUCCAGUAUGGCAGCAGCCCAAGUUGCACGAAUUCUGUAAAUCUAAGGGUGUUCACCUAUCUGCAUGGUCACCAUUGGGCUCUCCUGGAACAUCAUUUAUAAAAGGGAAUGUCAUCACUCAUCCAAUUGUGACUAGUAUAGCAGAAACACUCGGCAGAACUCCCGCACAGGUUGCUUUGCGCUGGGGUUUGCAGGCAGGUCAUGGUGUGCUUCCAAAGAGCACAAAUGAAAAUAGAAUUAAAGAGAAUUUUGAUAUAUUUGACUGGUCCAUACCUGAUGAUUUGAUGGCCAAGUUUUCCGAAAUUAAGCAGGAAAGAUUAGUGAAAGGGGAAGCCUAUAUCACAGCGAAUGGACCAUACAAGUCAGUUGAGGAACUUUGGGAUGUUAAUUUUAAGAAACGCAAAGAGUUGACUUGUUCUAAGGAGGCUGAAAUGGAGACUGCCCUGAAGCACUACUAUCAGUUGAACAAUGGAGUAAAAAUGCCUUUGCUUGGCCUUGGUACUUGGCAGGCGGAGCCUGCGGUCGUUGGUCGUGCCGUCGAAAUUGCUGUCAGGGUUGGUUACCGCCAUAUUGAUUGUGCACAUCAUUAUUGCAAUGAAAAGGAGAUUGGUGAAGCUUUGAAGAAACUUUUUGAAGAGGGCGUUGUGAAGCGCGAGGACUUGUGGAUUACUUCCAAACUAUGGAAUGAUGAUCAUGCACCAGAAGAUGUACCUGUGGCAUUUCAGCGAACAUUGGAAGAUUUGCAGCUCGACUAUAUCGACCUGUACCUUAUCCACUCGCCCUUUCGCUUUAAAAGGGGAGCUCCUGUAGGUUCACCAGGCUACCUUAUCCCUACCGAUAUACCUAGUACCUGGAGAGCCUUGGAAGCUAUCUAUGAUUCAGGAAGGGCUCGAGCUAUUGGCGUUAGUAACUUCUCAACAAAGAAGUUGGGAGAUCUGUUGGAGAUUGCUCGAGUUCGACCUGCAGUUAACCAGGUAGAGUGCCAUCCAGUAUGGCAGCAGCACAAAUUGCGUGCAUUCUGCGAGUCGAAGAAUGUUCACCUAUCUGCAUGGGGACCUCUAGGUUCACCUGGAUCGUUAUCUGCUGAAGGAAAAGUCCUCAGGUAUCCAGUUCUGACAAGUCUCGCAGAAAAACUGGGAAGAACUCCUGCACAGGUUGCUCUGCGCUGGGGUUUGCAGGUUGGCAACGGAGUACUUCCAAAGAGCUCAAAUGAAGAAAGAAUCAAGGAGAACUUUGAUAUCUUUGACUGGUCCAUACCUGAUGAUUUGAUGUCCAUGUUCUCUGAAAUUAAGCAGGAAAGAUUAGUGAAAGCGGAAAUCUUUGUCUCAGCAGACGGACCAUACAAGUCAGUGGAGGACCUCUGGGACGGUGAGUCGGAGCCUGGGAUCGUAGGUCAAGCUGUGGAUGUUGCUGUCAAGGUUGGUUACCGUCAUAUUGAUUGUGCACACAUUUACCGCAAUGAGAAAGAGAUUGGUGUAGCUUUGAAAAAACUUUUCGAGGAGGCAGUUGUGAAGCGCGAGGAGCUGUGGAUCACUUCCAAACUAUGGCAUGAAGAUCAUGCACCAGAAGAUGUCCCUGUGGCAUUUGAAAGAACCUUGCAAGAUUUGCAGCUUGAUUACAUUGACCUUUACCUUAUCCAUGGACCUGUAUGCUUGAAGCGGGGAGUUCCUAAAGGCUCGCCAGACUAUGUUCUGCCAACCGAUAUACCUAGAACCUGGAGAGCGAUGGAAGCACUCUAUGAUUCUGGCAGGGUACGAGCUAUUGGAGUUAGUAAUUUUUCAACCAAGAAGUUGGACGAUCUGUUGAAGAUAGCACGGGUUCCCCCUGCUGUUAACCAGGUGGAGUGUCAUCCACUAUGGCAGCAGCACAGGUUGCGUGAAUUCUGUAAUUUGAAGAAUGUUCACCUAUCUGCAUGGUCACCAUUGGGCUGUCCUGGAACAUUAUCAAUAAAAGGAAAUGUCCUAUCAGAUCCAGUGCUGACAAGUAUUGCAGAAAAACUUGGCAGAACUCCAGCACAGGUUGCUUUGCGCUGGAGUUUGCAAAUGGGUAAUGGAAUACUUCCAAAGAGCACAAACGAUGGAAGAAUAAAGGAGAAUUGUGAUAUCUUUGACUGGUCCAUACCUGACGAUUUGAUGGCCAAGUUUUCAGAAAUUAAGCAGGUAAGAUUAGUGAAAGCGGAAUUCUAUAUCUCCGCAAAUGGACCAUACGAGUCAGUGGAGGAACUCUGGGAUGGAGCCAAGAUGCCUUCGGUUGGUCUUGGCACUUGGCAAUCGGCGCCUGGUCUCGUCGGUCAAGCCGUCGACAUUGCUAUCAGGGCUGGAUACCGCCACAUUGAUUGUGCCCACAUUUACGGCAACGAGAAGGAGGUUGGUGAUGCUCUGAAGAAACUGUUUGAAGAAGGUUAUGUGAAGCGGGAGGAAUUGUGGAUUACCUCUAAACUCUGGCACACAGAACAUGCACCUGAAGAUGUACCAUUGGCUAUGGAUAGAACCCUGCGUGAAUUGCAGCUUGAUUAUGUCGAUCUGUACCUUGCUUUCUCCUGUGAAAAUGCAAGUGUGGCUAAAAUAAGCUGCUUGAAUAUAGAUCCAUUGGCCAGUGCGUUUGAAGAAGGGUGCGGACAGAAAAUGACCAGAUAG